AUGGACUCCAUAGACAAGAAAGUUCAUGAGAAGUUAGAUGAAGAAGAACUUGAAGAUACAGUAGAGAAUGCUAAACCUUUGUUCGAACAAGAAGUUGGAAAAAUGUGCGAAAAACAAUUAGAACAUGAACGUGAGUUGUGUUAUGGUUAUAGAGAUUCUCCAUACGAACUAGACCAAUGGGAACAAGAAAAUUUAAAGAGAGAAUUUAGAGAAUAUGAACUCGCUAAGAUAGCAUUAGAAGCUGCAGAAAAGAAGUUAAAAGCUUGGGGUUGUUUUGUACAAAAAUAUUGUGAGUAA